UUCACCUGUCAGCUGUUCAAAGUUGAAAAGCUCCAAAGUGAUCACAACAACCGGUGAAAUAAAGCUGUCGUCAUAGCAACGGAUUUAUUGUUUUAAUUUUCUGCGGAUGAAGUUCCCAGUAUCGCAACCCCACACAGUGUUUAUUCAUUCAUUUUAUAGUGUCGAUUUUUGUUGAGGAAAUAGAGAGAAAUGUCUGGGGACGUUGGAGACCGGCUGAUUUUCGAGGCCGAGUGGUUUGAUACUGUUGCAGGAUUCACUAAGAGAUUUUAUCUUUAUUAUUAUCCGGCUGAUAAUGCUCUAGAACUAUUUGACAUAAGGAAUAGGAAGACCUUUCUCAGGAGGACGAAAUGCGAGGGCAUUGGUCUCAAAGAUUUAUACGUGGGAACUGUUGUGACAAUAUUCUCGAGGCCAAUGAAAAUUACUGAUGUGGCUGAUAGCUUCACCAAAAGCAAAUUGGGGGUCACCAUACAGAAAACAUUUGGAAUUCUGAAGCCAGACGUAAUCAGUAAAAUGGGAGAGAUAUUAAAAAUUAUCACAGCUCAUGAUCUCCACAUCGCUAACAUAAAAAUGGUUAAACUCUCUGAGUUUGAUGUGGAGAGGCUGUACAAAAACGAUGAUAAUUUUGGCUCAAUCAAAUCAUAUCUAACGUCCGAUCCAGUCGUUUUACUGACGUUAUUAGGAAAUAACGCAGUUGCUCGCUGGAGAGAAUUAAUUGCCCCCACAAAUACUGUCAAAGCAAGAGGAGAAGCAUCAAAUUCCCUGAGAGCUCUCUACGGAAAAGAUGCUAUUUGCAAUGGAUUCCAUGGGUCCUCGAGCCCUGAAGUGGCAGAAAAGGAGUUGGAAAUGUUCUUUACCAAUGUCAAAUCAGAAAAGAGUCCUUUAAAAAACACAGCAACAAUGCAUCACUGUACUUGCUGUAUUAUUAAACCCCACGCCGUGCAGGGACGACUGACCGGGGAUAUUGUAUGUGAUAUACAGAAGGCUGGCUUCACAAUAUCAGCGAUUCAGAGGUUUCACGUUGAUCCUAUCAAUGCUGACGAAUUUUUGGAGAUUUAUAAAGGGGUCCUGAGUGAUCAUGGCGCCAUGGUGGCUGAACUCCAGUCAGGUCCAUGCAUAGCAAUGGAGAUAACUCACAAAGACGAGAAUGUGAACGUUCCCCUCGAAUUUCGAAAACUCUGCGGACCAAUGGACCCCGACAUUGGAAGACAAGUGCGACCGAACACUCUCCGCGCGAAAUAUGGGAAAUCAAAGGUGCAGAAUGCUGUUCACUGCUCCGACCUACCUGACGACGGUCUCCUCGAGGUGGAGUAUUUCUUCAAAAUCCUCGACGACGGAAGCAGCUCAAAUUAUGUGACAACAAAGUAAAUGUCCGAUGAGCCCAUAAAGUCCUCACUGAUAUGGCGCGUCAGUGGUUAAUUACUCAGAAACCAAUCAAAAAACACUAGCUUAUAAGCACGAAUUAAAAAGAAACAAAACCACUGUGGGUAUCGAAUACUUGUGAGUGAUUUAUUAAACAAACACGCAUGCUUUUGCUAUCGAACAUUUCUCAUUCCUUGGGAAUUCAAGAGCGAAGUAUUGUUGAUAAAGUUUGACCACAAUUCCAGGGCAUUGAUAAUACUGUUGUUUUGUGAAAUGAGUGCCACAAGCGCAUGAAUCAAUAAAAUAUGAAUUUAUUAAUUAUGAAGUGAA